GCAAUUGUGACAAUAAAGUGCAAAAACACAGUGGACAAGACAACUGUAGCGAGCGCCAAUAGAAGAAGAAACAGCCCAGCUUUGAAGUAGUCUCUCAUAUAUUUUGUAUUUGCCUGAAAUGGUUUUGCGGUUAAACAACUGCAAUUGGCCGGAACUGAGUAGGUACUGUGGUUGCUGUACGCUCUCUACUGGAAUUUAUAUCCGGUCAAUUUUAAGUCUGAUUUUAGUAGCUAUCCUAAUCUUAAUCAAUUCUUAUGGACUAUCGAAAUUAUUUACCACCGCGUCUGCCCUGGAUGGCGUAACAGUUACAGUAAUUGGUGAUCGGUUUAACAAAACAAUCACUGAAGAAGACCUCGUUAUGGUCCAAAAUAUUGUAUUGGCAAUGAAGAUCUAUCUAAUCAUAUGGAUUAUCUUGAAGUUCGUUUAUAUUGUUACCAUUUUGGCAGGAUUUUACGCUAUCUUUUUCAAAAAACCCAAGAUUUUGAAAUUUGUUUUCUACACGAUGAUACCGAACUGGAUUUUUGAUAUUAUAAUAUUAGUCGGAGCUAAAACCUUUCUUAUAUUGCCAGUACAAAUAUUAUUCUUCGUCGGUGUAUGUUCCGAGUUCUACAACUUGAUCGCCAUCAACAGUCAAUACAGGCAAAUGGCGUUCAAAUCCCGCAUCGUCCCCGAAGAGCCCCUGACCACUACAUUUACUAGUCAGGUCGAAGCAUGGAAUCCAAAUAUACAAGGUGGGCCCCAUUGCCGAACCUGCGUAUGUCCCACAUCACCUUACAUGGAAAUCAGAUCUGAAAGAACCACUGUUACCAGCCUCUCAUCACCUGAAUCCUUCGAUGUCUUAAGUCAAGAAACAGAAGACAAAGUGGUGAAUUUUAAAGAUGGACCCAUUAUCUACAACCAAGAACAAUUGCAGCCACGUGACGUGCUGUUUGUGACACAAGAUAGAGAGAGAGAUGAGGGUGAUAACGAUAAUAGAGGUUUAAGACAUUCGGAUGAAGUAAGGCGACCGAGAAGACCCAAUUCGCUUGCGCUUUAAGUAUUACUUAAGUUAUUAAGUGUAAAAGCAACACAAGUAAGUGAGCGAAAUGUUUUAGUUAUAUGAAUAAUGUCAUCGGUUAAGUUGGGUUUACAUUUAAAUAAAACCUUAUCACUUUAAACUCAAAAUAACUUUAUUCAUGUAGCUAACUACGUACACUUAUGAACGUCAACAGAAAAGUUGUUAAAUUGAUUCUAAAUUUACAUUUACUACCAGUUCGCAACUCAUGGGCGUAAAGCGGGCAAGAAGAACUGGCAAGAAACUCUACGUCCACUCUAUUUAAUAGCCAAGGUGUGAGCAAAUCAAUUACACGGAUUAGGAUCAUUUAAAUAAUCGUCAAAUUUAUAAAAAAUAGUUAAUUUACGUUUAUCGAGAGUUUUGAAUUUAAUCAGUGAUAAUUUGUUUUGGAGUUUGU